AUGGAUAACCAAUCAUCACCAACUAUAACAUUGGAAUCAAUAGGAUUGACAGAUUGGAUAAUAAAGAAUCUAAAUGAACAGGGUAUCACAGAGUUGUUACCAGUACAAAGUGAGAUCGUCCCAUUCAUAGCAAGAACAGAGGGUCAUGACAUUUGUGUCUGUGCUCCAACAGGUUCCGGUAAGACACUUGCCUAUGUCCUACCAAUUGUACAAAAACUUCAUAAGAGAAUAGUAAGACGAUUGAGGGUCGUGUGUAUUGUACCUACACAUGACUUGGUGACACAGACAGAGGCUACAUUCAAGGCAAUGACUAAAGGUACUACUCUGGUCGUCGAAUCACUGGGUCAGCGAGCAUUCAAUCUCGAACAAGGCUUGCUAGUAUCAACACAUUACAAUGAUGAGAAUGAUGAUGUACACUAUGAGAGCUUGGUGGACAUACUGGUGACGACACCUGGUAGACUUGUGGAACAUUUGAAUGAGACUCCUGGCUUCGACCUCCAACAUCUCACAUAUCUAGUCAUCGAUGAGGCUGAUAGACUGUUGCGUGAUUCAUUCCAAUUCUGGUUGGAGAAGGUCAUGGAGUCGACAAAGGCCUUGAAGCCAAGGUCAAUAUCAGUAUCAAGUAGUGGUGACAUUAGGAUACAGGACUCAAAGUAUGGUACACAUGGAUCACAUUUGGAUCAUCUGUCAUUCAAGGAGGCAAGAGUGAUCAAGUUGUUGCUAUCGGCCACAAUGAGUUAUAAUCCAGAAAAGAUAUCAAUGUUGGAGUUGAACGCACCUUUAUACUUCCAGUCCAACAAGAUAUCCGAUCUGAAGUAUACUAUACCCGAGUCAUUGAAGGAACACUAUGUAACUUGCUUUGCCGAUCAGAAGCCAUUGGUGUUGCUCAAGUUGAUCGCUCUGGCAUUCAAAGCAAAGGAGGAACAGAGCUCCGAGCAACAGUCAAUUACCGCGUCCACAGACACAUCAGCAGCGGACAACGAUUCACAUCCACGUAUAAUAUGCUUUACCAACUCCAAGGACACUGCACAGCGACUAAACACAUUGCUUGGACUGAUUGGACAAGUGGAAGGCUACAAGCUCAAGACGGCCGAGUACUCAUCCUCCAUCAACUCCAUCGAAAGAAGCACUCUUCUCAAGUGUUUCAAGAAUGGCGAGAUCAACAUUCUGAUAUGUAGUGAUAUUUUGGCCAGAGGUAUGGACGUGCCUAAUGUGGACACGGUCAUCAAUUACAACUCCCCGCCAUCGUCUGUGUUGUACGUUCACAGAGUGGGUAGAACUGCGAGAGCUGGACGCGAGGGUUCAGCCUACACUAUACUGGAGCAGGAGGAGCGCAGUUUCUUCCUUGGUAUGAUGAAGAAGACAGGAAGAUCACAAAAGCUCAACAACCUCAAGUGGAAGCGAGACGACUACACCAAAUACGUCAAGAGGUUCAAGCAGGCACUGAAUCAGACCAGAGUCAUAUAUACCAAGCGCAAGGCGACCGAGCAGCUGAUGAAGUCAAUCAACAGUGGUGCCACAGUUGGCAGCAUGCAGGACAGCAACACCAUCGUCCAAGACCUGUUCGAGAUCAACAAGAAGCGAGCAACAAUGAACUUUGAUAAUUGA